GUGUAGAUAAGAUUUUUCAACAUAAAUGGAGUGCGUGUACUCUGAUUUUUUUAUUCUGUUACAAAUUGGUUUAGAAACAUGACAGAAAUCAAAAAUUUCUUUUACAUAUUAAUUUUGUUUUCACCUCAUUUACUUAACAGUGUUUACUCAGCUUACUACUACAAAUGCCAAGAAAGCUACUGCAUCAAAGAAGAAAUCACUAAUAACACUACCGAUCCACUGCUGAGUUUACCAGAAUGCAACGUACUUUGCCUAGAUUCAGCAGGUCUAUGGCCCAAACCCACUGGAAAUGUCAGCAUUUCAAAUUUAACCGAAAUAAAUUCCAGUAACUUCAUAUUCAGUCCAUUUCCGAAUUCUUCGAUAUAUAACUUGGUCAAUAAGAGCAUCGAAAUAUUUCGUUAUCAAAUCAACGAACUGAAACCUUGUAGAUUCUUUCUCAAAUCAACAAGUUCAAACUUAACUUCAGUAAAUAUAACUUUGAAUAUCUCAGAUGUUGAAUCAAAUACUCCAAAAAUUGAUACAGAUGAAAAUUACAAUCUUACUGCUGUGUUUGAUGAAGAAAAUAAUGUUAUUCAAGUAACCGUAAAUUCAGCAACAUAUUUCGGAGCUAGACAUGGACUUGAGACUCUUACCCAGCUUGUAGUUUUUGAUGAUAUAAGAAACAGAAUUCUUCUACCCAGCAAUAUUAGUAUUUCUGAUGGACCCAAAUUUAAAUGGAGAGGAAUAGUAUUAGACACCUCCAGAAACUUCAUAACACCCAAAGCCAUUAAAAGAACCCUCAAAGGCAUGGCUGCUUCGAAGUUAAAUACAUUUCACUGGCAUAUUACUGACACAGCAAGCUUUCCAUAUGUAUCUCAAUCCAGGCCUGAGCUUUCUGAAGCUGGUGCGUACAGCGCGAGGAAAGUUUAUGAUGACCAAACUGUAAGGGAUAUUGUUGAGUAUGGUAGGGUGAGGGGUAUAAAGGUUGUUCCUGAAUUGGAUGCACCAGCUCAUGUUGGGGAAGGAUGGCAGAAUACCGGGGUAUUGACGUGUUUCAACUGGACACCUUGGGGUUCAUACUGUAACGAGCCACCAUGUGGACAGUUUGAUAUUUCACAGUCAGAAAUAUUCAAUUAUCUUGAAGAUAUCUAUGGAGAUAUGCUAGACCAAUUUGGCACAGAAAUAUUCCACAUGGGUGGGGACGAAAUCAACAUAAAUUGCUGGAACAACACAGACACCAUGACUGACUGGAUGGUAAACGAGAAAGGCUGGAACCUAACAAAAUCCGGAUUCUACGAAGCCUGGAUCUACUUCCAGCAAGAAGCUCAGGCAAGACUUUGGAACAAGGCCGGAAAAGAUGUACCAAUAAUACUCUGGAGCAGCGAUUUAACAGCUCUGGACAAUGUCACCGAUGUUCUACCUACGGAAAAUUAUUACAUACAAGUUUGGACUACUGCGGACGACUCAGCAAUUCAAACUUUGCUGAAUAAGAAUUAUACAAUUAUUUUGAGUAACUAUGACGCUCUGUAUUUGGAUUGUGGUUUGUCUUCUUGGGUUUCAACUGGUAAUAACUGGUGUAGUCCAUACAAGGGAUGGCAAACUGUGUAUGACAACAAACCCUCAGAUAUAGCAGGAAACAAGACUAGUCAAGUUCUAGGAGGUGAAGUGGCUCUGUGGACCGAACAAACCGAUUCAAGUUCCGUUGAUGUUCGCCUCUGGCCUAGAGCAGCAGCUCUGGCGGAGACUCUGUGGACAGACCCUAGUACUGAUUACAGUGCAGCAGAAGAAAGGAUGUUACUGCAUAGAGAACGAUUGGUAGACUUGGGAAUUAAUGCAGAUGCUUUGGAGCCGGAAUGGUGCUUCAAAUACCAGCAGCAUUGUCCUUCAAGUGGUGUGUUUAAUGUAUGAUAACUAGUAGUGCGUGUAAUAGUGUAUUAAUUCGAAAUAAAGCUAUAUUAGAGUAUAGGACAAUUAAUAAAACUUAAUAAAAGUCGUAAUUUUGUCACUAUAAUUGUUCACUUUUAAUACAUACAUAUA